AUGGUCACCAAGGGACCCUUCUCAAACACAGCUCCCAUUCUGCUCGGCCAACGCCGCGGCAUCUCAGACCUGGCACGAACUACCUUAGACCUGGCCUGGGUAUCCGAGAGUGCAGAGCACAACAACUUUGCUCGUUAUCGGGCAUAUCCCUCUCCGCCCAUGUCAGGAUCUCCGCCACUCCCCCCAAAACCACCCCAGGACGCUGGUGAUCGUGGGCAAGUAUCAGCGGGAUACUCAGCCCCUAGCCAGCCUGACGCCUAUUGGAGUAAUCUGAACCAACAGCCACCAGUUGACCACCGAGGACCUCCCAAUAUGCAACCAACGCUUCCUAGGUUGUUUCAACAAGGACCUCCAGACACAUCUCCAUAUUCAUAUCGAAGGGCAGACGAUCCCGUAUCUCGACCAGUUUCGUACAUCCAGUCAGGGCCACCUCCCAUGUCCCAACAACCGAGUUAUAUACCCCCCGGGGCCUCAGGGGCCCUCUCGCCAUAUACAUCAUCUGCUCGUCCUUCGACUGAGAAUCAAUCAAUGACUUCGCCAAAAUCGCAAAGGAAAACCAAAGGGCACGUUGCAUCUGCAUGCGUCCCUUGUAAACGAGCACAUCUUCGUUGUGAUGCACAACGCCCAUGUUCAAGAUGUAUUACAAAUGGAAAGGAAGAGUUAUGUGUUGAUGUUCAACAUAAAAAAAGGGGCCGGCCACGGCUGAGAGACGAUCGCGAAGCUCGCUACGAUCCAUCGAGGUUCCCUCAUCCACAAGAUGCCACGGCAAGAAGGCCACUGAGUAUAUAUCCUUCUGGUGUCCCGAUAGGACCAGGAGAGCACAUGAAUACACGAUAUCCCGAGCGAGCUCCGAACAUGGACCCUUCAACUUACCCACCCGCGUUAUCGACCGGAUCUCGAGGCCCAGAUGCCGUUGCAUUCUUGAAUAUGAAGAUGGAUUUUGCGAAGGCAUCGCCGGCUUUCAUGGAGGCCGUGGGCCAAGCAGAUCUCCAAGGACAGAAUUUGAGCGAGGCUGUCGUGUUGGCAGAAAGAGAAAAGGUUGUGUCGAUCCGAAGCCAGUUGAUCGAGGAACAAACGCGGAAGGAGCCGAAUUAUUUACCCCCGAUCAUCUCGAGGCUCGACCAUAUCAUUCAAGGCCUGGGCUUCGGCGCGGAAGAAGUUGGGAGAUUCCAGCUUGAUCGACACGAGUACCUAACAUUCAGAGCUGCCGACGGACAACCCAGACAAUACCCCAUUCGACUCGGACUUGCGAAGGAGGGUACGAUCUAUUUCGUAGUCAUGGUGCUCAGCUUACCACUGCGGCACGCGUACCCUUUGCCUUCCUCUCCUGCUGCAAGAGAAGCCGCGCAUUCGUACGGUCAGCCACCGACACCGCAGUCUGUAUAUAGAACGCCGAUACACCCUGCUUCCCAUUUUGAUAUUACGAGGAACCGUUUCAACGAGGCGCCGUUGGUAUCCCGACCGGCCACGGGCCCAUCAACACAGUUACCUGUUAACCCGAAUCUUGGGAUUGCGACUGGGGCGGGUGCAACAUCGUAUGCUGCAUCGACGAGCCAGACAGAAUAUGGAGGUCCCCCACCGUAUAAUGUGCCGCGAAGUGAGCUGCCUCCCUCAACCGCAUUUCGACCUCAGGCAGCUUUUCAACUUCCGCCAAUCCGGGCUCAUCCUGAGCGACCUGCAUCGCGACCUCCCACGGAGCAGAAAUGGGCGCGCGAGGAGAGACCAAACCGAGUUGAUAUUGGCGGUCUGAUCGAUAGACCAGAGAACGCAGAGCGGCCACGAUAG